AUGUCAGCGAAUGGCUAUCUCAAAGGCCAAAUCACGAAGGCUGCAAAUGCCUUACGAGCGAAAAUCUCAUCGGUCGAGCAAGAAUUGGAUGGAUCUGCUCCGGAUGCAAAGGUUUGCGGAGAUACCAUACUACUUCAGAAGAAAUUUAAACUUCAAGAAGCAGUAAUGAGUCUUAAAUAUUUGAUGAAGUCUCUGAAAGAUAAUUGGAAGCGCGCUGAAAACCACGCUGCCACCAAAACUGAUAGUGAUGAACAGUACACCCUCUUGCAGGAGUUCACAGACCAUUGGGACGCCAACGGUUCGGAUGAACUCUUGAUAAGAGGUGAACUUUCGGUUUCUCUAUUAGAAACAAUAAUUUCUACCCUCAGUACUUCACAGGAAAAAGAGACAGAGCACGCAGAACAUAGCAAGGCCAAAGAUCUGAUCGCUUCUGUUCGCUUAUCUCCGGAGAACUAUCAAGAGGCAAUAGAUCUUCUGCUCAGUACCUACAAUCGUCCACAAGUUCUGCGAAACAGACUAGUCGAAGAGCUGGAAAUGUUACCUCCCGCAGAUAGUACUCCAACCGAUCAACGUAGUACACUUUGUAAAAUAAAGGCCAUAUGGGUCCAGCUGAAGAAUCUGAAAGAACAACCAGGAUCUACUACAACAAUGCGCAUAAUUCGUUCUAAAUUCCCACAAAAAACCAGAGAAAAGGUAGGAGAAAUGAGGCAAAAGAACGAUGAGUGGACCGCAGAAGAAUUGAUACUCGCCUUCGAUCAAGUCAUCGAUCGACUGGAGAUUAUGGAGGACAAUGAUCCACUGCUGUCUGCCUCACAAUCGUCCACGAUCAAUAAUGUAUGGGCAGGCUCACACUCUUCCAAGAAUGCGAAAAUAAGAGAACACACAAAAGGGCGAAGAGUUAGCCCAUAUAGGCCGCUUCAUUCCACUGGUAGUUCACAUAAGUCACGGGAACUUUCUCGGUGUGCCUUCUGCGUACGCACAGGUCAUAGCGCCUACGAUUGUAACGAAGUCCUAUCCCCAUACGCAAGACGAAAAAUGACAGCGGAACUGAAUCUGUGCUGGAAAUGUCUUAAAAGUGGUCAUCGUAGUUCACAAUGCAACGCUCAGCCAUGUCUGAAAUGCGGCAGAGCACACAAUAGCGCUCUUUGCUACGUCAAUAGUAGAUCGCGUAGUAGCAGUAGAUCCAACAGCCCAAGACAACGUCAGCCAUACAGGAGAAGUUCUACAGACAGCUAUUCGUCUAGUUCAGGUUUCAGGAAUAGAUCCAGGACGGUCUCUCGAUCACCAAGUCCUAACUACAGAGAGAAAGCCUUUCAAAGAAAUAAUAAGACAAAUAGGAAAGGAUCACCACACCCCAAAGUUGGGUUCAAGAAUCUUCCGACUAGUCACAUCUACUCCACUCCAUCGUACACAACGCACGAAGAUACCCAGGAAGUGGAGUAUACUGCAAACCACUCAGACCUACAAGAAGAUGAUCACUCAGAAGAUGACUUGUUCCUUGUGAACGCAGUCCAGACAAUGAAAGCAUCCUCGCACAUGUCAUCAGAUCAUAACAUACCACAACUUGCUGCAUGUAAAGUAGCCAGUUUGGCAAAUCCCCCUCGCCUUAUGAUAAUAAAGGCAAGUACACGCAAUUACAACAACGACUCCGACCAGCUAGUGACCGUAUUAUUGGAUAGCGGUUCACAGCAUAGUUACAUCAAGCGAAAUGUCGCUCAAGAUCUAGGGUUACAAUUCACAUGCCCCCAAGAAAUAACUACAAUGACAUUCGGAGGACAUGCGCAAACCGAAACAUCUUACCGCGUGAACGUUGUACUUCAAAACAUCCGAAAUGGCAACUCAACACCUCUCCACUUGUGGACCCGCAAUUUCAUAACAACUGUUUCCACAGAUGGAGAUGAAGAGAAAAGACGCAAACACUUCAGAAGCAAAGUCGAAGUAGACAUUUUAAUCGGAAUGGAUUAUUACUGGGACCUGGUCGACUUCAAAUUCAAUCGUCGGCUUCCUUCCGGACUGGUGGAAUGUCGAACAAAACUUGGACCCGUACUGUCAGGUUACUCGCCAUCACCAUCAUCUACAGUUCAUUCUGCUCUCGGACGUCCUAAGGAUGAACAAGAUUCAAACAGAGAGACUGAAAAGAUAGUACAACAUCUUUUUGGUCUAGAAAUGGCUGGUAUGAAAGAAGACAAUGAGGACGCGGAUAACGAAGUGAUAAAGCGGUAUCGUGACACAGGGAUGAAUGGAUUCUCCAAAGAUAUUCCAAGGUUUAUUGGCAAGUCGAAAGAAGCCAAGUAUGAGCUAAUAGUAUUUUCUGAUGCUUCUCAGAGGGUUUACGCAGCUGUCACAUACUUAGUAUGCAGACAGAAUGGUGAAAACCCUGUGAGCAACAUCAUAUUCUCGAAAACUAAAUUGACAAUUCCUAAAAAAGCAACCAUUCCAAGGCUAGAGCUUUUGGCACUGGUACUUGCAGUGAAAUCAAUACGAUUUCUUCUCAAAGAACUAAAGAUCCCAAUUAGUUCAAUCCAAAUACUGUCCGAUUCCCAAAUAGCCUUGUAUUGGAUUCAGUCUAAAAAACCAUUGAAAACGUUCGUUCAUAACAGAGUGUCAUACAUAAGGAAAGUGCUAGACGAGUUCGAAGAGAGCAAAAUCCCAAGCCACUUACAUUACGUCAACUCUGAGCACAAUCCUGCCGACGCUGCGACGAGAGGUUUGACAGCUUCAGAAUUAGUACAACAUAUGUGGUGGCAUGGCCCAAGGUUUGUCACCAGACCGUGCAACGAGUGGCCCGAAGCAAACUCCGUACAAGAUUUUCACUCACCACUCCCUGAAGAAGCGGAAAAGGAAUUUAAGCUCGUUCAUACAGUUACUACAGAAGGUUACGAAUCGUUCAUACCAUUCAACAGAACCAAUUCGUACACCAAAUUAGUUCGUAUAACAGCUCACGUACUCAAAUAUACUAGGAUACUUAAGUCUCGAGCAGCAUCGGAAAGAAAAACUAGCCCGUCGAUCAAUAGAAACGCGAAUACAGCAAACAAAAUAGUAGCCAUCACUUCGGACGACAUGCGAGAUGCUGAGCUCCUCAUACUGCGUGAGCAUUAUCGUGAAGGAGCACUUCAACUGCACAGCCGCAUACUGAACCGCCUCAGAGUAACCCAGGACGAAAACGGAAUCUAUCGAUGCAACGUCAGAAUGGGUAAUGCUCAAUUAGACUCAUCGGCUAAGAAUCCAAUUCUUCUCCUAUCAAAUCAUCGCCUAUCAAGAAUGAUUGUGGAGCAUUUCCACCAAAAGCUAUUUCACGCCGGAUCAUCUCACCUAGUUUCGGCAUUGAGGAAUCACUAUUUCAUUCCUAAAAUCCGUCGUUUAGUCAACAGCCUGGCUUUGAAAAAAGCAGUCCACACAAAGAGCAUGACUUUAUGGCAUUUGCAAACUCUCAUUUCCGAAAUAGAAGCCACGCUCAAUACGCGACCGAUAACUCCUGUCAUAACCAACUCCAACGAUGAACCGCUAGCAUUACGUCCUAUAGACCUAAUAUGCCCGCAAUUCACUUUAGCAAAUGUCACAGAUUCUAAUUCAGUCAAUCAUGCAAUCAAUCGUCUGAAUAUUUCCGAUUCACAUGCUCACCUAAUCAGUCACUACACCAUCCUACGGGACAUGCUGGAUCAAUUCUGGAAUUCUUGGCACAGAGACUACCUCCAUGCACUUGCCGAGAAAGCCCAAUACAAGGCAGUUCCUAGACAAGGGAGUAAAAGUAGACCUAAAGUCGGGGAUGUCGUGCUGAUCAAACAAGAAAACAUAAACAGAUCUGCAUGGCCACUUGCAAUAAUAACCCAACUUCAUAGUUCAUCAGAUGGUUCGGUCAGAUCCGUUACACUAAAAACGGGGGCUAAUAAAACCCUCGAGCGUUCAAUUAAUCAGCUCGUUCCCCUAGAAGUUAAUGCUGAAAACGGACGCGAAUUGCAAAACAAUAGUACAACACCGCUUAGAUUACAACCCCCAAGAGCGGCUAAAACAAGAAUACUUCAUUAG